UGGGCUGGGCUCUCCCGAGCUCCCCGCCUGCUGGGGUCCUCUUUGCUUCCGCUUCCGGCUCUCAGUCUCCGGCACGGGCGCCCGAAAGUCCAAGCUGGCGGUGGCGCCGGAGCCCCAGUCCAGCCCCUCCCCAGAAAUGGAAGGCCAGAUUCCUUAUGAUGAUUACCCGGUGGUCUUCUUGCCACCCUAUGAGAAUCCCCCAGCCUGGAUUCCUCCUCAUGAGAGGGUCUACCACCCAGACUACAACAAUGAAUUGACCCAGUUUCUGCCUCGGACCAUCAUGCUGAAGAAGCCCCCAGGAGCCCAGUUGGGAUUUAACAUCCGUGGGGGAAAGGCCUCCCAGCUGGGUAUCUUCAUCUCCAAGGUGAUUCCUGACUCAGAUGCCCAUCGGGCAGGACUACAGGAAGGAGACCAGGUUCUAGCUGUAAAUGAAGUGGAUUUCCAAGAUAUUGAGCACAGCAAGCUCCUUCUGCCUUUCAGGCUGUGGAGAUCCUGAAGACAGCCCGAGAGAUCAGCAUGCGUGUCCGCUUCUUCCCCUACAAUUAUCAUCGCCAGAAGGAGAGGACUGUACACUAGGAGCUGCACCCUUCCCCUGCAUGUAGAAUCUCCCUGGAAUACCGGACUUAGAAAGCACCCAGGAAAUCUUGCGCUGAACCAGACCUCAGCCUGCACUGCCCUGAACUACACUGCACUUUCUCUCAUUUUCUGGGUGGACGUCAGGCCUAGUAAAGGCAAGGGAACCUUUCUAGGGAGAAUCCCCUUCCUCUCUGCCAGCAUUGAUCUGUGACAGGGAGCCCAAUGAAAACCUCAUUCCCCCUCUCCCCUGAUAAAUAAAAGGAAAAUCUGGAUUACUGUU